CUGCGAACGGGCAGAGGCGGGCGCCCUCGGGCAGCGCGGACGCAGCGCGCCUCCGCGCAGGAAGAGCACCAAGCACUUUCCGCGGGGUUAGGGUUUAGCUUUCUCCCGCCCCCUCGGGCUAUUUAGAAAACGCGGAAGGCAGAGUUACGCGUAGCCGGAGGGGAGCGGCGCUGGAGCGCCCUGCGCAUGCUCAGUGCCGCCCGCCUCUGUUCGCGGGACUCCGAGCGGUUCCGAGCUCGCAGCUCCUCAUGGCGGCUCCCGGGACGCCAGGGAAUCCGGUCCUGAAGGAUGUUGUGGCCUAUGUUGAAGUGUGGUCAGCCAAUGGGACAGAAAAUUAUUCAAAGACAUUUACAAACCAACUUGUGGAUAUGGGGGCAAAGGUUUCAAAAACUUUUAAUAAACAAGUCACUCACGUUGUGUUCAAGGACGGAUACCAGAGCACUUGGGACAAGGCUCAGAAGAGAGGCGUGAAGCUUGUUUCCGUGCUCUGGGUUGAAAAAUGCAGGACAGCUGGGGCCCACAUUGACGAGUCACUGUUCCCUGCAGCUCAUACUAAGGACCACUUACCAAGCCUCAUUAAAAGGAAACGUAAGUGUAUGCAGCCCAAAGAUUUUAUCCCUAAAACACCAGAAAAUGAUAAAAGACUUCAGAAGAAAUUUGAGAAAAUGGCUAAAGAGCUACAAAGGCAAAAAACAACUAUGGAUAAUGGUGUGCCUGUUCUCUUAUUUGACCCUAGUGGUUCAUUGGUGUAUAGUCCCACAAUUAAAAUGUACAGCGGGCAGCAGAGUGCGAUGGAGAAGAGAUUACAGGAGAUGAAGGAGAAAAGGGAAAACCUCUCCCCAACCUCUUCCCAGGUGAUUGGAAACUCUCCCGAUCGCUCGGUUGCCUCCUCCUGGGAAGCAUCUUUGAACAUUUCUCGGGAUACUUUGUGUUCAGAUGAAUCCUUUGCUGGUGGCCUGCAUACAUCUUUUCACGAUCUUUGUGGGAAUUCAGGAUGUGGAAAUCAGGAAAGGAAAUUGGGAGGAUUCACUGAUGAAAUGAAAAGCGAUACAUGUCUUUCUUCACCUGUAUUGAAAACGAGUAGCAUGCAGCCCUCAGGAGCUCCCCAUUACCUCAGUCAGUUACCUCCUCAGAAAUCCGUGGGUAACCUUGCAAAGGACGUGGUAAAGGGGCAGGGAGUUCCUACAGAUGCAGCAGGUGCCCCUGCCCGGCAGUGUGAGGGAGGAUCUAAGGAGAUGUUGGAUGAGAAGUAUCAUUUGUCUCCCACAUUAUCUGCAACAAAAGGCCCCCCACUGGGACACGCAUGGCUCAGGAGUCCCUCGGCUGAGAGAAGAACGUCAGAGAACUUACGUUCCCUCCGCAGAGAAAAGCUGGAGCAGAGAAGGUGCCGUGGGGAACCCCCUCUGCCAGGACCGCAGCCUCUCCAGCCGGAAAACAGCUGCCCGUUCACGACAGGGCCUGUCAGCAGGACUCCAGGCUGUGAGGACUCCACAUAUGAUGACUAUUUUUCACCUGAUAAUCUUAAGGAAAGGAAUUCAGAGAAUCUUCCUAGAUUCCAGUCAUUAACAAACCCUGCUCAGCUCCACAGCAGAAUUCUUUCCAAGAGAGAGAGAACAAACAUAUUAGAAAUGUCUGAUUUUUCCUGUAUUGGUAAAAAACCCAGAUCAGUUGACGGUACUGAUUUAGUAGCAAACUCCACAUCCAGUUUUCACACACCCACUAAUGAGGUAGCAAAUACAACUCUGGGUUGCAUGACCGCCCAGGAAGCAUCUCCUGCUAAAGAAACUCCGGGGUGUGGUCACGAGGCUGACUCCCAGAAAAGACAAGACAGAAGCCCAGGUGGGAAUGACUAUGCUCACGUCACUGAUGAGCCCGCUCGUCACAAGGAGCUUGUCGGGAAGGGACAUCAUAGUGGCUGCACUCCCCCGAGAGGACUCAGGGGAGCAACGAGAGAGCUGACGGGCGUGAAGAGUGUCCAGUGGGCUGCCCCCGCCAAGGGCGAGGUGCAGAGUGGGCGCGAGCCGCCUGCCCAGGGGGGCCGUGCAGCAGGAGUCUCUGCAGGAGAGAGGGAGAACUGCUCCGGGGGCUGUAGUGGCAAAAGUCAGGUGACAGCUGUUCGUGUGUACCUGUCCUGUCCCAGGAGCUCUUCUGGUUUUCAGGGAGAUGGCAGAGAAGGAGACAGCCUGUGCCCCUCUCAGAGGUCAAGUCCAGGUGUUAAAAAUGGACCAAAAAGACAAGAUGUUUUAGAUGGCUCAUGGGAAGAUUUUAAGGAUCUCAACGGACCUCAUGAGGAAUCAAAGACAAGAGGGAAAGGCCAAAAGCCAACAAGAACAUUAGUCAUGACGAGCAUGCCAUCUGAAAAGCAGAGCGUCGUCAUCCAGGUUGUGAAUAAACUGAAGGGCUUUUCCCUCGCCCCCGAAGUGUGUGAGACCACCACUCACGUGCUGGCCGGGAGGCCCCUGCGCACGCUGAACGUGCUGCUGGGCAUUGCCCGCGGCUGCUGGGUCCUCGCCUACGAAUGGGUGCUGUGGUCUUUGGAACUGGGUCACUGGAUUUCGGAGGAACCAUUUGAACUUUCUGACUACUUCCCCGCAGCUCCUCUCUGCCGCCUGGAGCGCCACCGAUCCCCGGGCCGGUACCAGGGAACCCUGUUUGCCGAGCAGCCGAUGAUGUUCAUCUCUCCGGCCAGCAGCCCCCCCAGAAACAAGCUGGGGGAGCUGGUCCUCCUGUGCGGGGGACAGGUCACGCGUGUCCCUCGCCAGGCCGGCAUCAUCAUCGGCCCCUCCCGAGGAAGGAAGACGACAGCCAAGCAUCUGUCGGAAACAUGGAUCUUAGAUUCCAUCACUCAGCACAAGGUGUGUGCCUCUGAAAACUACGUGUUGCUGCAAUGACGGAGACGUGGCGCAGUCCCUGGCCCCUGCGGACAGCUCGCAGAGUGGACUGCAGACACAUCAGCAGCGAGGAGCAGAACCGUGAAGAGAAGGCCCCGCCGUAGAAAGGAUGCCUCUCCGUCAUCACGUUUGCCGUGUGUGUGUGCGUGUGAUGGUUUUUAUAUAAUGAAGCCCCUUUGUAUGACUUUCUGGUGGCUGUGUGGUCCAGAGACACACUGACCGGCCCUAUCUGGCCUUUCCUCUGUGAUGCUGGUCUUUGUAACUAAAAGGUCACAGAACCUUUGUCAUUGAAGACUAUACUGUUAAUAAAGCGUGGGGAUUGAUUCAAAUGAUCUUUAUUACAAGAUCAAAGAACCCCCUGAGUCUCUUAGCGAGACUCUAAGGUCUUAUGACCCCAUUGUGUCCUGGCUGUGAAGGAUACUCAUCAGUUAUUAGCAUUACUUUCAUGUGCCUGAGAUUCUUCCUAAAGUAAUGGAUGAGGGCAGGUGUGGGGGCCACAGUUAGUGGUCCUCAGGGCCACUGUGGGCUUGCCGCCCCCAGAGGAAACUGGCAGUGGACUGGACCGUGCACACGCUGACUGGUCACUUUCCCAGGGAAGAAGGGCUAAACCCCUACAAGGCUGCAGGUGCCCCUGAGACUCCCCGACACCUCCCUCUGCUUGUCUGUCACUCAGAUCAGCUGUUAUUCCUGCUGUAAAUUUCAAGUCCCUCAACAACUAUAAUGGAUGAACUUCUGGAAUAAACCUUCAAGAAAGGAAGUAGCCAUGCACACAGGAAAUAAAGAAGGGCUUUCAUUUGGAUUUAGUAUAACGUAACCAGCAAUCCCUCAAAACACUCAUGCCCGCGUAGCUGGACCUCAGUACAGCCCCGUGGUCUAGGCUGCGCCCAUGCUAAAAACCUGGUAUCAUGUGCCCCUAAGCGCCCUAGGCUGCCCAGAAGCUCAGGUACUUUGGCAGAGCUCCCCCUAAACCAAGAGGACGCUGACAAAAAUAGUGCUGGCUCCUGCUGGGGACAAACCACAGAGGAUUUUCCAUCCCCUGCCACAGCAACCAUCGAGUGCCCCCCCAGCCAUCUGUGUACCCGGGCCUGCACCCCCAGUGCUGAGUUCUGGUUCCGGACGGCAAGUCAAGAUCCUCCUCUGAAAAGCUACCCACAAAGAGACACUGGUCUGUGCUGGCCAUUACGCCAAGCAUUUUACAUGUGGUUCCUCAGCUCAUCCACCCAACAAUCCAGAAGUUAGUUAUUAUAGGUCUGAAUCCCUUACCCAAAACGCCCAGGGCUAAAAGUACCUUUAAUUCUGUUUUUCCUUUAAUUCUGAAAGGUUUGUGGCUCUCAGCAUUUCUGUUUAACACUGUAUUGGAGAUUCUACUCAGCGAGGAAGGAAUGAAAGGCAUGCAGAUUGGAAAUGAAGGAAAACUGUUCUCAGGUCACAUGAUGCUGUAUGUUGAAAAUUACAAGGAAUCAAAAAACAAUAAGCAAGAUUACAGGACACAAUAUGUAAAACUAACUGAAUUGUAUUUCAUCUACUAUCAAUGAACAAUUCAAAAAUGGAAUUAACAGUGACAUCUAAUAAUAAAUAGUAAAUUUUACGAAAGAAGUAAAAGACCUGGAUGCUGAAACCUAUAAAACAUUGCUGAGAGAAAUUAAACAUCUAAAUGAAUGGAGAGUACACCAAGUUCAUGGCUCAGAAGACUCAAUAUUGGUAAGAUGGCAGUUCUCCGCAAAUUGAUCUAUACGUUCAAUGUUAUCAAAAAUCCCAGGUGGCUUUUUUAUAGCAUUUGAAAGGCUGAUGCUAACUUUCAUACAAAAAUGCAAAGAAUCCCAAACAGACAAAACAGUUAAUAGAAAAAGAGUAAAGUUGGAGGAUUCACACUGCUUGAUCUCAAAACUUACUACAUUAAACUACAGAUAUCAAGUAGUGCGGUACUGGCAUAAAGACACAAUGGAGAUCAAGGAAAAAGAAUAGAGAAUCUAGGUACAAAUCCUCAUGUUGUGGUCACAUGAUUUACAACAAAGGUGCCAAAGGUAGCUCGAUGCAAUAGGACAUUCUUUGAAACACAUGGUCGUAGAAAAAGGGGGGAAAAAUAAGACAAACAAUGCACUUAUGUCCUUACCUCACAUGCAAAAAGAGAAAAUGUGUACCGAUCCUUACCUCACACCAUACACAAAAAUUAACUCCAAAUGGAGCAGAAUCCUUACCUCCAGGCCUCUCCACCUCAGCAGCACUAACUACGGACCAGAUGAUUCUGUGCAGGGUGGGUGGUGAGGGGGCCGCCCUGAGCACCACCGGAUGUGCACAGCCGUCACGGGCCGCGGCCUGUCAGACGCCAGGGGCACAACCCACCCAGUGGCACAAUCCAGAUGUGUCCAGAAACCCACAGUGUCCCCUGGACAACAAAAGUGCUCCUAGCUGAGAACCAGUCACUUAAUGUCAAAACCAAAAUUAGGUUAGGCAAAAAUUUCUUAAAUAGACACUAAAGGCACAAUUCACAAAGUAAAUAAACCAGAGCUCAUUAAAGUCAAAAAGGUUUUUGCUGUUCAAAAAAAACCAUUAAAGAAAUGAAAAGACAAGCCACAGACUAGGAGAAAAUAUUUACCUUAUCUAUAGUAGCAAACCAUUUACCUAAUAAAGGAAUUACAUCCAGAUUAUGUAAACAACUAUUCAUUAAUAAGG